GGCUCUGUGCGCCCCCACGUCGAGGCCUAGCUCGUGCGUCCGCCGCCGGGGACCCCCAGGACCGCAACGCCCGAACCGGGCCGCGCCGGCCAAAGGAGACGGCGGCGCAGCCGGAGGAGCAGGAUGUCCUUCCAGGGCAAGAAGAGCAUCCCCCGGAUCACGAGUGACCGCCUUCUGAUCAGAGGCGGGAGGAUCGUGAAUGAUGACCAGUCCUUUUAUGCCGACCUGUAUGUGGAGGACGGUUUGAUAAAACAAAUCGGAGAAAACCUCAUUAUCCCUGGGGGCAUGAAAACGAUUGACGCUCACGGCCUGAUGGUCCUGCCGGGCGGAGUGGACGUCCACACAAGGCUGCAGAUGCCCGUCCUGGGCAUGACCCCGGCCGAUGACUUCUGCCAGGGGACCAAGGCCGCCCUGGCAGGAGGGACCACCAUGAUAUUGGACCACGUGUUCCCCGACACGGGUGUGAGCCUGCUGGCAGCCUACGAGCAGUGGCGGGAGAGGGCGGACCGUGGAGCCUGCUGUGACUACUCCCUGCACGUGGACAUCCCCCGCUGGCACGAGAGCACCAGGGAGGAGCUGGAGGUCCUGGUGAAGGACAAGGGUGUGAACUCCUUCCUGGUCUUCAUGGCAUACAAGGACAGGUACCAGUGCACGGACGGCCAGAUGUACGAGAUCUUCAGUGUCAUCCGGGACCUGGGAGCCGUGGCCCAAGUGCACGCGGAGAACGGCGACAUCGUGGAUGAGGAGCAGAAGCGGCUGCUGGAACUCGGCAUCACCGGCCCCGAGGGCCACGUGCUCAGCCGCCCAGAGGAGGUGGAGGCUGAGGCCGUGUACCGCGCUGUCACCGUAGCCAAGCAGGCCAACUGUCCCCUGUACGUCACCAAGGUGAUGAGCAAGGCUGCGGCCGACGUGAUCGCCCAAGCCAAGCGCAGAGGGGUGGUCGUGGUCGGGGAGCCCAUCACCGCCAGCCUGGGCACCGACGGUUCCCACUACUGGGGCAAGAACUGGGCCAAGGCCGCAGCCUUCGUCACGUCACCCCCCCUCAACCCGGACCCCAGCACUGCAGACCACCUCGCCUCCCUGCUGUCCAGCGGGGACCUCCAGGUGACCGGCAGUGCCCACUGCACCUUCACCACUGCCCAGAAGGCCGUCGGCAGGGACAACUUCACGCUCAUCCCCGAGGGCACCAACGGCGUGGAGGAGCGCAUGUCUGUGGUCUGGGAGAAAUGCGUGGCCUCAGGGAAGAUGGACGAGAAUGAGUUUGUUGCUGUGACCAGUACAAAUGCAGCCAAAAUCUUCAAUUUUUACCCAAGGAAGGGGCGGGUGGCCGUAGGCGCCGACGCCGACCUGGUCAUAUGGAACCCCAAGGCCACGAAAGUCAUGUCUGCCCAGAGCCACCACCUGAACGUGGAGUACAACAUUUUCGAAGGCGUCGAGUGCCGAGGAGCCCCCGUGGUGGUCAUAAGUCAGGGCAGGGUCGUGCUGGAGGACGGGGCCCUGUUCGUCACCCCCGGGUCUGGCCGCUUUAUUCCGCGGAAGACCUUCCCCGACUUCGUCUACAAGAGGAUAAAGGCUCGCAACAGGCUGGCAGAGAUCCACGGCGUGCCCCGAGGCCUCUACGACGGGCUGGUCCACGAGGUGAUGGUGCCCACCAAGCCGGGGGCCGGUGUGCAGGCCCGCGCCUGCCCGGGGAAGAUCUCAGUCCCACCUGUUCGCAACCUGCACCAGUCGGGGUUCAGUCUGUCUGGCUCUCAGGCCGAUGACCAUAUCGCCAGGCGCACGGCUCAGAAGAUCAUGGCGCCACCUGGCGGCCGCUCCAACAUCACAUCCCUGUCCUAGGUGCUGCACGUGCCAGCGGCGGGCGUGCCUGUGGGCGACAGCCACUCCCCUCUGUUCCCUUCCCUUCGUUGAACCUAUUUUGAAAGGUGCCUGGCCUUAUCUUCCCCUCCCCAGAAACUCUCUUCCUGGGGUCCCAGGUCCUGUUAUCAGGAUCCCCCACAGGAGAGGCUGAAUUUGGGGAGGUUUCACUGCCAGGGCAAGGAGGCUGGACAUGGUGGCAGGGACAGCUCAGGUGGCCCUGAGCCCGGGUGCCAGGUGCCUCAGGAAGACAGGGGCCUCCUAGGAUGCCCAGGGCAGCCGGGCCAGGACGAAAGGCUGGGGGUGUUUUGCCCUCAUCCCUAUCAGGAAUCACUGCCCUGAGGACCCCCAGCUCUGCCACCCGCUCCCACGGGCAGAGGUGCGGCCCGUCCCUGUGUGCCUUAGCGCAGGCAGGAGCGCCCCGGCCCUGCCCAGAGCUGCUGUGACUCCAGGGACCCACUAGGAACACAGUGUAGGGCAGCUGCCAGCAGGACUUCUGCAGAUUCGCCUGUACACUUUUCCAGGGGCCAAACCUCUGCUUCCAUAGAGCCCGUGUCCAGGGCAUUUUAGGGCCCUUUAGCUGAGAUGCUUUCCUUUUACUGAGUGUGCGUCGCAGUAGUUUAUUAGAACAGCAGAUUUGUGUGGUGAGGACGCCUGUAGCCAGGAACCUGCCUGCCACCCACAGCCCAGCAGCACUGUGCCCCAGUCCAUGGGACUCAAGUCGAUUAAAGGCAUCUGGGCUGGAAGCCGACGGCGUGUGGAGAGCCCCGACUUCUCUACCCCUGCGCCAUCCCCUGGGGGUUCACGCUUGGGAUGCUGGGGAGUACCCUGCAGCCCCCUGGCCUGGCUUCGAGCUGUGAGGCCGGACCUCGAGACCACCUGCAGGACCAGCUGUGCUUGGCCUCCGGGCAUGGGCAGGGCUGGGUCCGAGCCAUAGGGAGGCUCUCUGCCUCUCAGGGAAGGGGCCCCAGGCCUGCAGGUCAGAGACAGCCAGACAUUCAGAGGGGGAGGGGUGGUUGGGAGGAUGCCCGCCUACAUUCUCCUUGAUGGGGCCCAAGCCAGCCCAGCGGGUUGGGGGCAGCGUGACCCCUGGGGACCCGCCAGGAACAGCACGAUGAGCUCACACCUCCAGCGGGCAGCGGCGGGGGGAGGUGUAGCCUACAUUCUGCUCCUGUAAGGCAGAGCAGCCCAGGGUUCUGAUCCAGACCCAUGGGCUGAGCUGCACCAGAACCUUCUAGAAGAUGGAACUGCUGGGUUGGCCUCGUGGCCUCAGCCUCUUUCUCAUAAAAACGGCGCCAGUCCCCCAGAUGUGGGACGCUCCCAGGAGGGGUCUUCACCCCAAGAGCACCAGGAAGGGUCGGGGCAGCCCCGCCCCCCUCACACGGCCAGGCACUCUGGGCCCUGCCCAGGCGUCCACUUCCGGUCAUGCUCCCUGGGGGGACAUGAACAGCCCCAUCUGUGAAUCCGGGCCUUCCAUGUGCUGUGCUGGACCAGGGCAGCCCCCGGAGAUGGUCCGUCCUGGUGGUCCUGCAGCACUCCCGGGGGCUCCCUCUGGUUCAGGUUUGUUUGGUCAGCGUGGCCUCAGAGCUGGAUUCCUGGGGCUCCACUGAGGCCAGUGUUCACGGCACCAGUGUCCCCCUCCCCCAGAGGGAGACGGGGUGAUCGGGGAGCCAGACCACACCCACAUCCCUGCCACUGACUCAGGAGAUAGACAUGCUGUCCCCUCGGGCCUCAAAACGCACACUUAGAUGUACACAAAAACCCAUAUACAAUACGGGUUUAUACAAAACCCCAAACCUACGCCCUGCCCAGUUCCUGCCUCUGACAUCACCGAGUCUCCACCCAGAACUUUCUCUGGGGAUCGGCACCGCCACAGGGCAUCCUGCAGUACCGCCCACCUCUGGACCCUGGCUCCCCUGUGCCCCGUGUGGGCUCGCUGUGCUGUGCUGCCGACCCUAACUCCCUGCGCCUGGGGGAGCAGGGGCCCUGCGCUGUUCCAAUCUGGGGGUGCUCCGGUCCUUGUCAAUUUCACGGUUCUGCCCCAGGUGCCCCUGCCCUCUGACAGGCACCACCUGCCCCUCAACCCUGCAGCGGCCUUAAGGCGCCGGGGGCAGGAGACGGGCAUCCACCCCAAGGCUGAGGACCGGGGCUCCGGGGAGGCCCUGCCCCAGCAGGCCCCGCCCCGACUCCCAGAC